UUUCAAUCCCUGGUCAGGGAACUAAGAUGCCAAAAAAAAAGAGAAGGUGGGGAGCAGAAGAAAUCACCCAUCACCCUGAGAUCUCUCUCCAAAUGAGCAAUUCUGGAGCCUCUCUUCCAGAGUCAUUAGGAUUUCUGCUUUCUCUGACUCCUGCCCUUUCUAAGAGGAAGACGAGAUGAUCAAGCUCCAGGAAACCAUGACCUUCAAGGAUGUGGCUGUGGUCUUCACCAAGGAAGAGCUGGUGCUAUUGGACUCCACCCAGAUAAAUCUGUACCGAGACGUGAUGCUGGAGAACUUCAGGAACCUGGUCUCAGUGGGAGACAGGAUUAAAAACCUUUCUAACCUUCAGGAAAAAGGGUGGAGCUACCUCUAACCAGAAGUGCUCUACUUUUGGCAGAUUUGGAAACAAAGGAUCAGUGAGUUGACUGUGAGUCAGGAUUGUGUCAUGAAUCUUCGAGGAGAUUGUCCCCAAUAUUUAGAAGGAGAUGUUUCCCUCUGUGAAGAGUGGGCAGGGGCAUCUGAAAAUGAAAACUAUGUAAUAAAUGCCAUUAACUUUGAAAAUCAAGACAGCACAGCUUGGAAAGGCCUGACACAGGUCCUUACCCCAGGAUCUUGGACGAAAGCCAACAUAAUGCCUGAGCCCCAAAAUUCUUGGGGAAAGCCUAAGACAGAGGAGAAACUGAAUGAAUGUGCUCUGUGUGAGGACAGCUUCCUUCAGACCUCACGUGAUUAUGAUGAUUCCCAAGAAUGUAAAGGAGAGGAACCUGGCAGAUACACCGGCUGUGGGAAACUCUUGGUUUUGAAGUUAAGAGUCAAACCCGGUCACAUGGUCCAUGCAGCACGGCAACCUUUCAGGUGUAAUAAUUGUGGAUUGGGCUUCAUAGAUGAUGCAGACACGCAUGUUCAUCACAGCACUCACACAGGAGAAAAACCUUAUCACUAAGACUAGUGUGGAAAGGACGUUAGUCAGAGCUCAGAACUUAUUGUUCGUUAUAAAACCCAUCCAGGUGAGAAAACGUGUGAGGGUCAGGAGUGGGCUAAAGGCUGCAAAAAGAGCUCAGGCCUUUCCAGGAAUCAGAAGGGCCCCUCGGGAGACAAACCCUAUAAAUGCAUCGAAUGUAGCAAAGGCUUUAGGCGCAAUUCUUCUCUUCACAACCAUCACCGAGUCCACACGGGGCAGAUGCCCUACAUGUGUGACAUGUGUGGGAAGGGGCUCGGAUUCAGGUCCCUUCUGUGUAUCCAUCAGGGAGUCCACACAGGGAGAAAGCCCUAUAAAUGCACUGAGUGAGGGAAGGGCUUCGACCAGAGCUCCAACCUUCUUGUGCAUCAGACGGUCCACACUGGAGAGAAACCCUGCAAAUGCAGCGAGUGCGGCAAAUGCUUCGGUUCCAGCUCCGUUCUCCAAGUCCACCGGAGGCUGCACAUGGGGGAGAAGCCUUAUAGGUGUGGCCAGUGUGGAAAGGGCUUCAGCCAAAGCACACACCUGCACAUUCACCAGAGGGUCCACACGGGGGAGGAACCCUACAAAUGCGAUGGGUGCGGGAAGGCUUUCGCCUACAGCUCGGUUCUGCGCACUCACCAGAGAGUUCACACAGGAGAAAAGCCUUACAUGUGCCAAGUGUGCGGUAAGGGCUUCAGUUACAGCUCCUAUUUUCACUUACAUCAGAGAGCUCACACCCAAGAGAAGCUAUAUAAAUGUGAUGAAUGCGGGAAGGGCUUCACUCGGAACUCGGAUCUUCACGUUCAUCUCAAAGUCCACACAGGAGAGAGGCCCUAUAAGUGUAAACAAUGUGGGAAAGGCUUCAGUCGGAACUCUUAUCUUCUUGCCCAUCAGAGAGUUCAUAGGGAUGAGAUGGGCUAUACAUGCCAUGAGCACGGAAUUCUGGGAAGUGUAGUCCAGAAGUUGCCUGCAAUCGACAACACUUCCUCUUCAGGAGUGCAGGGUGUGGUCCCUCUCGAAUGGUCUCCGGAUCCAGGGAAGGGAGUCGCAGGAACUUCCGCUCCAGGGGAGGUUGCCGCCAUUAUUCCCCAUGUGGAGUGGAGACUUGAGCCCAGCAACGCCUCCGCACCUCUUCAGCCUAGAUUAGGGUCCAACAGUGGCCCGGCCCUCUGGCUUGAGGAAGAGAAGCGAUGGUCGGCGGAGGACAGGGUAGAGGCAUUAGCGCUUCCCUCUCAGGAGAGCCUCCUAGCGUUUGCAGCGGUUAGCGCGUCCCAGGUUGGGGUAAUGCAUCGCUGGUUUGACGGUCUGUUGGGUUCUAUGCUCCCCUCCAGCCUCUCCUUGAUUCGCAAUCAGCACGGCCACUUCCUAGUGUUAUAA